GGAGAAAAAGAGAGAAAAUAGAGAGGUAGAGGGAGAGAGGCAAAGAGAGGGAGGGGAAGAGAGUCAGGUGUAGCAGAACAGGUAUAGAGACACAGAUACACCCAGAGGUAGGCAGGUAGGAACUGUACGCAGGAACAGAGGCCUGUAACAGGUGGGCAAGGCAGCGAUCUGGGAUCUCUGGUGACCCACUAUACAUAACAGCAGCUUAGCGGAGGGAAAGAAGAGGCUGAAACUGAAGAAGGGUCAGCUGAAAAAAAAGACACUGCCAACCAUUAAAGGACUGAGAAACUGGAGAAAACGGGAAGUGACUAAAGAGUGUUUCAGUUCAGCACUCACAGACCCUGAACAAUCCAAAGGGAGUGCCAAUAGAGUAGAUAGGGACUGUGAGAGACAGAGGCGUGCGAACGUCAGACUUUCUAAGGACUCUGACUGACAACAACCAGCAAGCAGCUAGAGAGACAGUGUGUUCUCUCCUCUGCCCCCUCUAACAUGGUCUCUCUGGGGAUCCAGAUGCUGGGCAGUGCCCUGAGCCUGCUGGGCUGGGUGGGGGUCAUCCUGACCUGCACCCUGCCCAUGUGGAGGGUCACGGCCUUCAUUGGAGCCACCAUCAUCACGUCUCAGACCAUCUGGGAGGGUAUCUGGAUGAGCUGCGUGGUCGAGAGUACAGGCCAGAUGCAGUGCAAACCAUACGACUCCCUCCUGGCCCUGUCCUCCGACCUCCAAGCCGCCAGAGCGCUCACCGCCCUCGCCAUUGCCACGGGCGCCGUUGGGCUCCUACUGGCCUUCGUCGGGGGGAAGUGCACUCGGUUUCUGGAUGAGCAAAGGGGUGGGGUCAAAGAACGGGUUGCCGUGACAGCGGGCGCGGUGUUGAUCGCCACGGGGGUGCUGUGCCUGAUCCCCACUUCGUGGGCUGCUGGGGCGGUGGUGCAGGGGUUCUACAGCUCCACCACCGAUGCCCAGCGGAGGGAGAUCGGGGCGUGUCUAUACAUCGGCUGGGGGGCAUCCAUCCUUCUCAUCCUGGGAGGGGGGCUGUUCAUCAGCUCCUCCUGCCCCCUCCCGGCCCACGACGAGGAUAAGAGCCCCUCUGUUCGCUACCUGGUGGUUCGCUCGUCCAACAGAGCCGCCUCCAGCCAGGCAGCAGCCUCCCAGCACAGCAGGGGACCGUCCACAGAGUUCCAGGCCAACGGCAAAAUGGCCUUUACCAGGUCUCACAGCAGCCAGGCAGCAUCUGCCAAGUCUCAGCCCUGGGGAGUGGUGAAAACCAGGCCUCCCUGGGAGGAGGACGGGCUGGGUGUGGUAGAGCAGGACUACAGGCCGGGGUCUUGGGGGAGUAAGGCACCGUCUACAAAGUCUCAGUUGAAAAGACUGGAGUCUCAGGAGAGUUUAGCAGACAAGUCUCAACCCAGUGAGGAUGAAUCCUUAAACCCAACUAAGACCUAUCUCUGAGACCACACACACACACACACACACAGAGCAUGGUUUAUGGCAAAUAUGGACAUUAACUAUGCCUGUGUGUACUUGUUUAUUUGUUUUGUGUGUAAAAAGUGAUAUUAGAAUUUUUAAUAUUUGAUGAAGGAUAUAACUGGCACUGAAAGUUAGGUUUUCUUUUUAUUAGUUGGGUUUGUUUGUGACAUGUAAAAGCUUUUCCAUGUUUUGUUGCUGUAAUAAUGUAUGUAAAGAAAAGUCUACUUCCCUUGAUGUGAAUGUUUUCAGUUCCUUUAACAAUGACCAGACAUUAUAUACAGUAAGACUAUUGAUUAGUGUUUAUAUGAAGCUUCUUGGUUCUGCAGUUUGUUUCAUAGCUUCAUUUUGACCCAUUUAAAAUUACAUUUCCUCUGUAUGUAGCUCUUUCACGUGCAAAACUCAGAAUCAGUUCAAUAUGAAUUAGUAUGUGACCAGCUACGCUAUGGAAAGCCCCAGCCAGGACAAACCAGUUUGACAGAGAGUGAGUUGAGGCUGAGCUCACACCAAUGGUUUGCAUUGUGUUGGGUAGCUAUAAAAUGCUGUGUCCCGAAUGGCACCCUAUUGCCUAUGCAGUGCACUACUUUUGACCAGGGCUCAUAGGGAAUAGGGUGCAAUUUGGGAUUUACACCAUGAUAUCCGUGAAGGAUUCAAAUGUGAGUUUCACCAGAUCAUGGACAUGUGACGUCUGGGUUUUGUUUAUUAAAAUACGGAUAUUUUCCUGUUUACCCUGAACAAGUAUAUCUCUACCAGGAGGCGGGGAUCAAAUGUACUGUCGGCCUACAUGCUUCUAGCCUACUAAACCGAAUGUAACAAACACAAGCUCUGUUUUGCCAAAUUAGGAUGACAAUGCAGGUUUGAGCUCCCUCUGGUGUCUGGAUGGGUUUGUACAUGAACACAGUAAACACAGUAACUCUCAUUGACUAAAGGGUAUAUAUUAAUGAGCAGGAGAAAACCCUCAGGCCCCAAGGACUGGAAUGUACAAUAUUAUUAAAUGUUUCGAACCACU